AUGCCUCCCGAAGAAGGGGACGAAGGUGAUGACGUGCAUGGCCUCUAUUCAGGUCAUAUCGCUUGUUCGGUCAGCGGUCAUGAUUACUGGAGAUGGACAGCUCACUUCGCGAUCGACACCUGGUUUGACGAAACCAAUGGUAUAAAUGACCAGGUUACUCGUUAUGAAAAUGACAGAGAAGACGGCGUCGAGUGGGAUCCUUGCAGCGGCGGGCAGGACGACGCUAGAAAGCCGUUCUGGUUUCCACGAAUUUGGUUUCUCCGUAUCUUUGGCAUUCGGCUUGACCAGAUUAAGGAUGAGUGGGAAUCUAUAUGCCUCCACUUGGGGCAGAAUCUCGACAGACAGGAUCGUAAAUAUAAGGUCCUUCUCCUCGAAGCACAAUUAUCACCUGAGCUCGCCGCCGCCGAGGAUCACAGAUUUCGAGUCAACGCUUUGGAAAAAUCGGUGCUGGAGUCCAGAGAUGUUCUCCAAGAUCUCAUCAGUGUUAUUCAGGAGACGCUAAAGGCUGGGGCGUCUUUCCUUUCUACAGAAGUGAACUUCUUUCUCAACUUCGACGGACAGCCGGGAGAUGGUUCAGAGUGUUACCCGUAUCUUAGCGAGAUUCGGCGAAUGUUUAACGUGUUAAAUCAGCUCGGGUAUCGACUAGAAAGCUACCAGGCAAGGUGCAGCUUCCUGAUUCAAUAUUGUGAAGUUUCCAGGAAGAACAAUCCCCAAGUCUCCUUGUCAGCAUCGGACGAGAGGUUUGCUGCCAGCUCUCGUGGCUUGUUGCAAGUACAGGUUGACAUAGAGAACCUCCGAAACGAACUGAUACAAGUGAAGCUGAAAAACGAUCAACUUCUAGCUAUCGGGCCCGGGGAUGUUGAGGAAGUUCGAGUGCUCGCAUUCAGCACCCUUCUUACGCAGGCUUUCUCGCAAACCACCGCACUUUUCAGCGCAGACGGUGUCAUCGCCUUUACUAGAAGCUGGCAAACAUUCCUGAUAUCCCUUCUCGUCGCGUAUGGCAUCAAUCUUACGAUAGGGACUGCGUUUCUCAUUUGGAUUCGGAGAGCUCGUCACAAAAUCCAGGCUGCCUUGAAAGCAACGCCACUAAUACCGCCUGUCGCGCAGCCAACAUCGAACCCCAGCGCUACUUCGACUGUCACACUGAGGUCAAGCAGCGAGGCUGUGACUCAGACCAUCGCUACACAUACAUCUUCAACGAAUUCUGAUGAAAGUGGCCUGACGAUAUAUACGCGACGUCGAUUCUCAGACAGACUCUGGUUGAGCUACAGGCAACCGCAGAGGGUGGAUGAUGUUGAACUAGGGAACAGGAAUGUUAUUGAGGAACUGACAUAA